UUCAGCAUUGUUCAUAAGUUAAGUAUUCCUAACUAAAGUAGUCACAAUGAAAAGAUAUAAUAUGUUACCAGUUAAACUUUGCCUGAUUCUCACAAUAUUUUCAACAACUACCAGAUCACAGUAUGAUAUGAGUUUAGGCACAAGCGAUAAUACCUCACAACCGGGAGGAGGAUGCAAAAUCGUUAUCAGUAAUAAAUGUUGUACACAUGAAAAAGUUAUGAAAAAGAUACAACGAGUGCAAUGUGUUUGUUCUGAUGGAUAUGUAGCGGGAACAACGAGGGCGUCCCCAUCUUGUGUUAAAGCCUCUAUAGUUCAAAGCAGAAAAUGGUGUUUGAUGAAUCCAUGCCUUCCCGGCGAAGAUUGUAGAGAAGUCUACGAUACGAAAGCUGAAGUUACCGGUUGGGAAUGUAGGACUGAUGAUCAAGUAAAAACGACAAAGGUGACGGAAUAACGUGAACCAAUAUGCAUUGAAAUAAAAGUGAUUAGAAAAAAGUGCUGCGCGCCCAAGACUUGAAUGGAACACCAUACUUCCAAGCACUUUGUCAGCCAAGAGAAAAGUCAACAUAAAAUACACGUCAGUGACAAAGAUAAUAAACUUGGGAGUUGGGACAUUGAAAUGUUUAUAAAACACGUGAGAACCCAAUAUUCUACCCGAAGAAGCACGAUAUCAGUAUUUUAUGAGUUGUUUUCUAUUGACUUUUAAUAAAACAUACGAUAGGCAGA